AUGUCUGCCGCAUCAGGUAGCGCAGUGCGCCUGCUGACCACCACCUCGCGCAUUCUCCCACCCGUCCCCGCACUCGGAGAAGCCCAUUCAGCUUCCGCUCGAGCCCUUCUCAGACCUCGACUGAUAGAAGUGCUCCAAUCUCAGGGAUUAGAGCUGGACGAAGCCAUUGGCGAAGGGUUUUGGUCAGGACCUCGAGGUCAAGAACAUGCAGAGCGUCAUGACGAUGAAGAACUCAUGGCUUGGCACCUGGUGGGCGAAGUGAGUUUAGUUGAUCGUCAGCUUUGCAAUACCAUGCCACCUUCCUUGAACGUUGCACUGCACCUCCAAUGCCGCCUUGAAUACCUUGAUUUGCUCAACCUGAUCUUCAUGCCGUUUGCUACUCGCAGGUCUGCGCAAAUGGUGAUCUGGAUCGACUGGUGCGAUUGAAAGCGUGCGACAGAGCCUACUUGGAAUGGGCCAAGCCCAUCCGCACAAAAUGGGGCGGUCUAGAGAAUUACAUUCGAGUCGUUCGUCUAGGCUGGCCCAACCCUGAAGCUCCCUUGCCCGCAUACCUUUCAAAGACGACCGGUAAUGAUGAGGGCGCUGGAGCAAGUCAGGCGCAGGUGGUUCUGCAGCAGGAUUACUUUCUCGACACGGACGAUGAGACGUUGGUCAGACGAGUACCCAACGAUUGGCCCUACGCCAUACCUGAAGAUUGCGAGCAUUGGGUAGUGUGGUGAGUGUAGACGCAACGAGGAGCCUUGCAAUGCUGCUCAAGAGCACCGCAUGUCGGCGAUGCUAAAUGUAAGUGCGCUGUUUGGACUACAGGUCUCGGAAGGAAAUCUACACGCGGUCGCUCUUCUUUGCCCCCAAUCCGCCUUGGCAGCAAGACGAAUCCUUCAAGGGCCAGCUAUGGUCCGCCAUCGUCAAAGAUGGUAUUCGAGGGCACACAGGCUCUUCGUCCAAUUCGAAUUCGACAAAGUACACGGGCUGGCGAACACUCGAGCAUCUGCAAGAAAGCUUGGCCCUCACGGCUACACCAGCUGAAAUCCGCGAGCUAGCAGAGUCGGCGCAGAGCUGGACGGGCAGGGAAGUGUCCAAGUACGUCAAGAGGACGUGGGAUGAGGAGCAGUGGGAGACAAACUGGUUUUGCAAUCCGCCUCAUUUGAGAACAGUACCAGGUGUGUAGUCUCAAGUAAAAGGCUGUAUGAGCGUCCCCAUUGGCACAAGUGUCACCGGCUGACCAACACUCCAUUUCAUGGCUUUUACCCGCAGGCCUCAGUCACUUUCAGUGAGUGUGUGUCUUGUCAAGACUGCUGGUGCAUGCGCUCAUGACAUUUUUUCACAGUGUCAUUUCCAGAAGGAAGGUCGUCGCUAGCUGA